UGUUGUUUACCGGCGAUUUUCGGAUCCUUAACGCUCUCGAAAUCGCUCGCUGCUUUUGGGGGGUUUUCCGUCACCGCAAAAGCGAAGAAAGAUGCCUCGGUCGAUUCAACGACUUCUGUUCUCAGUGAAGAGGAAAACUGUGAGGAGAAAACUGUUACUGCUGUGGAGGAAGAGAUACUUCUAGCGGAAAAUGGAGACGCGUCCCUUAUUCCCGAAGCCAUGGUUAAGGAGGAAGAGAAGCUGCUUAAAAUUAGGGAAGAUGAAGAGAAAGCAAGUGUUGGGUCUGUGGAGGCUCCUGAUCUCAAUGAUACCCAGUUUACUAGACUGGAUGAGCUCUUGACUCAAACCCAGCUCUACUCUGAGUUUCUCCUUGAGAAAAUGGACGAUAUCACAAAAAAUGGGGUAGACGGUGAGGGCCAGAAAGCCGAGCCUCAGAAGGCUGGUCGUGGACGUAAAAGAAAGGCUGCUUCUCAAAUCAACAACACGAAGGCUAAGAGAGCUGUUGCUGCUAUGAUUUCGAGAUCUAAAGAAAGUGGUGAAACCCCGGACUCAGAUCUGACAGAGGAAGACAGAGUCAUGAAAGAGCAGAGUGAACUAGUCCCACUUCUGACUGGUGGGAAGUUAAAGUCUUAUCAGCUCAAAGGUGUUAAAUGGCUAAUAUCAUUGUGGCAAAAUGGUUUGAAUGGAAUCUUAGCUGAUCAAAUGGGACUUGGAAAGACCAUUCAAACGAUUGGUUUCCUAUCACAUCUGAAAGGAAAUGGGUUGGAUGGUCCAUAUCUCGUAAUUGCUCCACUGUCUACUCUUUCAAAUUGGCUGAAUGAGAUCACUAGGUUCACGCCUUCCAUUAAUGCAAUCAUCUACCAUGGAGACAAGAAACAAAGGGAUGAGCUUAGGAGGAAGCACAUGCCCAAAACUGUUGGGCCUAAGUUUCCUAUAGUUAUCACUUCUUAUGAGGUUGCUAUGAAUGAUGCUAAAAAAAAUCUGCGCCAAUAUCCAUGGAAGUAUGUUGUGAUUGAUGAGGGCCACAGGUUGAAAAACCACAAGUGUAAAUUGCUGAGGGAACUUAGAUACUUGAAGAUGGAGAACAAACUUCUGCUGACAGGGACACCUCUGCAAAAUAAUUUGUCUGAGCUUUGGUCACUGUUGAAUUUUAUUCUGCCCGACAUCUUUGCAUCACAUGAUGAAUUUGAGUCAUGGUUUGAUUUUUCUGGAAAAAACAAAAAUGAAGCAACUAAGGAAGAUGGAGAAGAGAAAAGAAGAGCGCAAGUUGUCGCUAAACUUCAUGGCAUACUGCGACCAUUCAUUCUCCGAAGAAUGAAAUGUGAUGUGGAGCUCUUGCUCCCACGGAAAAAGGAGAUUAUUAUUUAUGCUACAAUGACUGAUCAUCAGAAAAAGUUCCAGGAACAUCUUGUGAAUCGCACGUUGGAGGCACACCUUGGAGAGAAUGCUAUACGUGAUAAAUAUGUCGCUUUCUGUAUUGCUUUGCUCAUUCCUUAUACUUUUUAUCAAGGCUGGAAGGGAAAGCUUAACAAUCUGUUUGUUCAACUUCGGAAGAACUGCAACCACCCUGACCUUCUUGUGGGGCAACUAGAUGGUUCAUACCUCUAUCCUCCUAUUGAAGAUAUUGUUGGACAAUGCGGUAAAUUCCGCUUGUUGGAGAGGUUGCUUGUUCGGUUAUUUGCCAAGAAUCACAGAGUUCUAAUCUUCUCCCAAUGGACAAAGCUUCUGGACAUUAUGGAUUAUUACUUUAGCGAGAAGGGGUUUGAGGUUUGCAGAAUCGAUGGCAAUGUGAAGCUGGAUGAAAGGAGAAGACAGAUCCAAGAAUUCAAUGAUGAGAAGAGCAGCUGUAGAAUAUUUCUUCUUAGUACCAGAGCUGGUGGACUCGGAAUCAAUCUUACUGCUGCUGAUACAUGCAUCCUCUACGACAGCGAUUGGAACCCUCAAAUGGACUUGCAAGCCAUGGACAGAUGCCACAGAAUUGGUCAGACAAAACCUGUUCAUGUUUACAGGCUUGCAACGGCUCAGUCAAUAGAGGGCCGGGUUCUGAAACGAGCGUACAGUAAGCUAAAGCUGGAACAUGUGGUAAUUGGCAGAGGGCAGUUUCAUCAGGAACGUGCCAAGUCUUCAACACCACUGGAGGAAGAUGACAUACUGGCGUUGCUUAAGGACGAUGAAACCGCUGAAGAUAAAAUGAUACAAACUGAUAUAAGCGAGGAGGAUCUUGACCGGCUGCUUGACCGGAGUGACCUGAUGGUUACUUCACCCGGCGAGACGGAACCACAAGCUGGUGAAGCUUUUCCGGUGAAGGGUCCGGGUUGGGAAGUGGUCCUGCCUAGUUCAGCUGGAGGGAUGCUGUCUUCCCUCAACAGUUAA